AUGCGUUUGCACACCACCUACAUCCGUCCAAGAGGUGUAGCCUUUGAACCUCCCCACAGGCUCCUUGACGACAUCUUCAAACAGGGAACCCAUUCCAGCAGUAAGAUUGAGGAGCUCAUCAUGGGUAAACAUAUUUUGAAAGAGCAGACGAUUGGUAUUGGACCUGUUGCUGCCAAGCAUGCCUUGGAUUAUAGUUUUGGUGGGAUUAUGCUGCGUGGUAGUAGGAUUGUGUGGGAUCUGAGGAAGGUGGCUCCGAAUGACAAGUACGACGAGGUUUGUGAUACCACAUCGUCAUUCUACCUCCAGGAGCAGCCAACGCUGUUGACGGAUGCGCUUAGCGUUCUCAUCAAUCAUAGUCAUGUCGUCUGUAUGUUCUGCCCAAUGGACCACAUUCCCCUCCUUUGUUUGUACCUUAUUGCUGUAGGCAGGGAGGGCACACUUUAA